CAGUAAAGAAACUCAGUGGAGCGACUUCACUGAGGCGCAGAGGAAUCCUGGGGCCACUUCACCUGUCUGAUGACUUAACUGUGCGUAACUUGACUCGGAGCCUCGGAUGCUCAGUGCGCGCUGCAGUGAAUCCCACUGCGAAACAGACGCAACAGUAAAAGCUGAAAUCGCAGGUUUUUUGUUUUGUUUUGUUUUUUUAAAAAGAGAGAAAAGUUUUGUGUUUGUCCCGCGUCUGGUUCUUACGCACCGACUUGUUGCCCCCAGUUGAGCAGUGAGGACGCGGCUCCUGCGUUGCGUGUCCGACCUACAAGUCAGUGAGCGACAGGACUUAAAAGCCUGCAGUCAGGAUGAUGUCCUACAUAAAGCAACCUCAUUACACCAUGAACGGGUUAAAUUUGCCUGGCCCCGGAAUGGACGUGCUUCACACGACGGUCGCUUACCCAUAUCUCACAGCUACACCCCGGAAGCAGCGCCGGGAACGCACCACCUUCACCCGGACGCAGCUGGACAUCCUGGAGGCCCUGUUCUCCAAGACCCGCUACCCGGACAUCUUCAUGAGGGAGGAGGUGGCCCUCAAGAUCAACCUGCCGGAGUCACGUGUGCAGGUCUGGUUUAAAAACCGCCGCGCCAAGUGCCGUCAGCAACAGCAGCAGAGCAGCGGUCAGUCGAAGCCCCGCCCUCCCAAAAAGAAGGCCUCUCCUGUGCAGGAGCCCAGUGGCGUCCCCGACCCUGUCCCUAUUCCAUCAAGCUCCUACAGCCCGUCCCCAGUGCAGUCGGGCCCCAGCCUGGCGCCAAGCUCCAGCACUGGAAACACCGCCGUGUCCAUCUGGAGCCCGGCAAUUUCGCCACUCCCCGACCCCCUGGCCUCGUCCUCGGCCCCCUGCAUGCAGCGGCCAUCUCCUUACCCCAUGAGCUACGGGCAGCCGUCGGCUUACACUCAAGGCUACGCCAGUACCACCUCCUACUUCACCGGCUUGGAUUGCAGUGCCUACCUGUCCCCCAUGCACUCGCAGCUGUCGGGCACCGGGGGCGCUCUCAGCCCCAUCACCGUGCCCUCGAUGGGGGGCUCGCUAAGUCAGUCCCCAGCCUCGCUGUCCUCUCAGGGCUACAGCACGGCCUCCUCCCUGGGCUUCACCUCCGUUGACUGCCUGGACUACAAGGACCAGCAGGCCUGGAAACUGGGCUUCACCACAAUGGACUGCCUGGACCACAAAGACCAAAACUCCUGGAAGUUCCAGGUGCUGUAAGACAGAAAGUGUGAGUCAGGGAGUCCAUGUGAGAUAGAGUGUGAGGCAGUUCUGCCAGAAGACUUGGUACCAUCAACUCUCAGUUUCUUCUUUGUAAAGAUCUUGUCUUGUUUUCUAAAGUUGACCCGUGUUAGUCGUGCUUUUUGUCUGAGAGACUUUGGUUAUUGGACGUCAGCGAGUAACUGUCUGUCCCUGCUGCAGCCUGACUGUAAAUCACAUGUUCUCUUCAAAUCUUCAUGCUUCAUUUACGUUUAAUUAGAGCAGAGUCCUUUAAAGAGCUGAAGUCGUAUGUUUGAAAACACACUGAGACUCGGCACAAACACCACAAUUCUUCAUUUUCCUUUAAACUUACAUGACCACAUAGUGAGAGGAGAGCACGCUUAAGUGGGACUGCAAUGAUUUAAUAAUUGAUCAUUAAUUGAGUUUGAAGUUAAUGGCCAAUUUUGAGGGUUUUUAGUAGAAUUCAAUAGAGUAAAAACCAUUUUAAAUGUGAAUAUUUUUGGUUUCUUUUGCUCCUCCAUGACAGUAAACUGAAUAUCUUUGGUUUGUAGAUGAAAUAACAUUUGGGGACGUCAUCUUUUUGACUUUUGUGAAACACAUUUUACACCUUUGUCUGUAUUUUUAACAUGAAACAUGAGACGACUGGAUUCAUUGAACUUAUAACCAGCAGUUUUAUUUGCUUUUAUCAGUCGCAGCCCCGCUCUUAUGUCACGUCCUCUUUUGGGGAUAAUUUAUUUGAAGUUAUUUAUUGUCAUUACUAUUAAUAUUAUUCUGUACUUAAACAAGUUAUUGGUUUUGUGUUUGGACCCUUUUUGAGUAUCUGUGUUGCAUUAUUGCAGUCUCUGCCCUUCAUAGUUCUAUCUUUCUGAUCUUGUUCCUCAAAUAAUUAGAUCUUCUGUUGUAGCUGUGUGACAUAUUAAAGCAGUUUUAUUCUUAACAUUUCUGUGUAGUUAAUAAUCAUUGAGUUAUUGUUGCUUGUCCCCCCCCCCUUGUAAAAGGAUUCUCAUGCUUGUAAUAGAUUGAUCCUGAGUGUGAGGUCAGUCUGGAGAGUGUGGAUGUUCCAGCAGCCAUGUUGUCAGGUCUGGACCUGUCAUGUUUGUCAUAUGGCUCUCACUGGUCCAUCUUGGUUAUUUUAGCUUAUCUGUUUCUGGGAGUGACCCAAUCCUCUUAGCCUCCCCUUCAGCAAUGCCCUAAGUGAAUUAGUUGGGAUUAUUGCCCUCUCUCCCUCUGUCUCUCACCCACCUCAGCCUCCUCCUCCUCCUCCUCCUCUUCCUCCCUGCCUGACUGCCUACCUUUUCCUGGCUCUCUCAUCACUUUUUUUUUAUCCCUCCAUCUUUUCUAUCUUUGCUUCAUUUGUCCCCCCUCGCGUGUCUCUUCAGUGUCUCUCGUCUCUUCCUCUUCCUGUUCCAUCUCCUCAGGGUUUCUCAGCAUUUUUGCAUCACUUCAUUUGUAUCCAUGUUCCAUGUAAGUCAGUGCCACUGAUGAUGAUCAUUAAAGACUUUUUUUUUUCCACA